ACAAGCUGUUGGCGGAGGCGUGGCUCUUUCUGCGCCCGCGCAGUGAACGCUCACUUGAGCGGUGCGGCCAACAGGCAAGCGGGCUGUUCAGCGGACACUCUCGCCAAUUAGGCUCAAGUCGAGAAAGUGAGCGGCGUCAUGGUACCUCCGCAAAACGAGCGCGCCACGUCCUGAGAGUCGAGGAGCCUAAGCAGAAGUUGACGCCACGCAGCCAUCGCCAAAGUUGGGCGCACGCCUCAGCGGACCGGGUCUCGUUCGUCUCGCGUCUGACCAACGCCCGACUGGAGAAAUGUGAGUGUGCCGUCCGGCCGCAAGUGUCCUCCGGCCGGGCGACCGCCCGCGCCAGCAUCGCAGGGGGCCCCGAGUCACUGGGCCUCUUUUGGCUGUGACCGCCACGUCAGCAGAGCCGCCAUGAACCCCUCGUCUUUUCACCCGCAUGAGCGGUUCAGGCCCGCGUCCUCGCGCCAGAUUCACGGGCAGCCGCCACCGGAGCGGAGGCUCGCCCACCAUCCGCUGGAACAGCGUGGCAGGGUAAUGCCCGUGGGUGCGGCGCGCCUGCCGUUGCUGGAGCCCCAGACGCCGACCGUGCCUCACAGCUUAGCGACCGCCGCCCCUCUGAACCUCCGCCACGCAUCGGAAGCGGCUCUGCGCGGCCGGGGCCUCGUCGGCUCGCGGAGCCUCUCCCGGACCCCGGGCGCCGCCACGUCCGGUGGAAUCCGGCCACCUCGCUACCAAACUGCGGGAGCCGGCGGUCUUCAUCCUCAGCGAAGCAUGUCCGUCAGUGUCCAGCCGCUGCGCCCCCCGAUGCCCGGCGCAGUACCCACCGGUCUUCAUCCACCGCACGCCCAGACAUCUGGAGUCGUACCCGGUGCUCUCCAGACUCCAGAAGUACCGUCCGGUGGCCUCCAGCAGGGCCCUCCGAGGGCUUUGGGACCCCGCAAGCUCUCGGACUCGGACGCGCCUCCCAACGUGACGGUGUCUACCUCCACCAUCCCGCUGUCCAUGGCCGCCGGUCUGCACCAGCAGGGCGGCGGCGACUUGAGCAGCAUCGUGCACCGAAUCAACCAAUUAUGUCAGGCCCGCGCCGGGGCGGGCGCCACCUCCGUGUGCGAGGGCCAGAUCGCCAACCCCAGCCCCAUCAGUCGGAACCUGCUCAUCAACGCCAGCUCGAGGGUGUCGGCGCCGGGACUCCAGGACGCGCUCCCCGGAGCCGCGAUCCCGUUGCACCUCGGCCCGUCCGUCGCCAACGCGCUGGCGGCUUUCCCCGCCGAUGGCGUCCAAGGCCACCGGCAGUGUGUCUGGGCCCAACACCGGCAGCCCCCCGAGGGGAUCCACCCCUGCGAGAGCCUUCACUCGGACCGCACGAGGGAGUGCGCUUUCCGUGCCCGGACCCUCGGCAAGCCCGCCCGGGGGCACCCGCCCGGACCUUACGCCGAUGACGACUGCGCAAACUCGCCGUGGGGUGCCAGCCAGGUCCCGAUGGGCUUCCAGGCGGGACGCACGGUAGGAGCCAAGUACCGAUUGGGCCAAGAAAGUCUUCCCGGACGGUCCAGGAUGGCAUCAGAUUUGGACUUUUUUGGGGGGCGGGACUUUUUGGCAGCCGGCUUUCGGGAUCCUAAAGCGGACUCGACAGAUGGGUCGGCGGCGGGCCCGCCUCGGAGCGCCGCUUCCGCUCUUCGACGCGCCUACCGGUAAAUGGCAGCCGCACCUCAUCUAGGGGCUGGUGUACUUGUAGCGGGUCCAUUUGAAUGAAAUGUGUCAGUGGCGCAAACGUGACAGAGCGGCUUGACCGGCGUUAUCCCUGAGAGGGGAAAUACUUGAUGUUCCCGAGCGCCGGUACCGUGACGGCUGGCCCGGCAAAAUAAAGUUUUGUUGGCGCAUUA